AUGAAUGAAGAAGAUACAAUAAAAUUAACAGAGCUUAACAAAAAAAUUACAGAAAUAAAAAAGAAAAUUCAGCUUUCGGAGGGACAAAGAAAAGCUUUGUUUGAAGACUGUGAAACUGAGAGAAAAUCUAAUUCAGAUGAAAUUUUAAAGCUCAAGAAGGAAGUAUCCAACUUAGUUAUUCUUCUUCAUGAAAGCAAAAGUCCUGUUGCCAAGUAUAGACUCAAAAAUAGACGUGUUGCUGAGAUAGUCGGCCCUCUAACGGACAAAACAUGCCCUGAGGUAAAGGAGCUAUUAGACUUGCAGAUUAUUGAUCUAUGUAAAAAAUUGGAUUUAUUAAGGUACAGAAUAAAAAAGAGACGGCAGUAUAUCGUAGAAUUAGGAACGCAGUAUCAAAAGAUGGUAAGUCAAACAGAAAAGAAAGAGUUAGCUCAAAAAGUGGAACGUCCGAUGAAAAAGUCAGCAAGUGAACUUCAAAAUAAUAUUCAUGCAGUAGAGGUCCAGAUCAGAGAAGCGGUUCACAUAAGAAACAAAUAUGCUGAUAUAAGAAAGUCGUUAAAAGAAGAUGCCGCAAAGUUUGAAAGUCGCAUAAAAACUUUAGAAGAAGAGUUACAAAUGCAGGCCGGUGAUAUCGACAAAUUGCAGAAAAUUAUGGAAGAGGCUACAAAGCGUAGAGGCAAAGCGCGUGGUCAUCUAUUAAAAGAGGAGCGUCAGGCUGCUUCUACUGCCGUACAAAGAGAAAAAGAAGCUGAUGAGGGAAGAAGAUUAGUCAGCGAAAGAAAGGUGGAAUUAGAAAAAUUAGAAAAACGUCUUUUUAUAAGUGGUCGACUACCUGUAAGGCCUGAACCAGAGGGUGCCGAAGCAGACGCAGAAGAGGAAAAGUCUUCAACGCCACCACAUCCUGUCGAAAUAAAAUCACAAGAAUUUGAGUUAUUAAAACGAGCUACUGGCGGUUCUUCGACCCAAGAGGUAUUGGAAAGAUUUGAAGCCCAAAGAGAAGCUCUUAACAAACUAAAUGAGUUACGAAGUAAAUCGGAAACUGAAAAAAGAAAUAUCGAAAAAAACAUUGAGACUCUAAAAACAAAACUUGACGGAUACAAAUAUUCUGAAUCAAGAGAAGCCGAAAAAAAAUCUGGAGAAAUGGAACGUCUUCAGUCAGAAAUAGCCUGCCAGCAAAACAGAUCUGAAACUUUUAAACUUGAAAAGAUAACUAAAGAACAAGCGCUCACAAAUGUCCUACUAAGCUUGCAUGGAUUAAGGCUAAUGGCAAAUCCUUUAGCACUUCCAGAAAAUGACCCUGAAAAAAUUCUCUGUUCAAUCUUCAAAGAAGUUGAGACCAUAAUGAGAAAAUAUGAAAAAAGUAGGACCAUUUCUAAAGUCGGAGAAGAAAUUGAACCUUUGGAAGUAAUUGAAGAACAUUUGCCUGCUCCCUACAGCGGACUGAUCAGAAGAACUCCUUUACCACAGGUUAUGGGUUCGCCAAGUCCUGUACCUCAAACAGGGUCAGAAGACGAGGAUGAAGUCCCAUCUAGAGGAUUUCUUAAACGGCAGGCUCAACUGGUAAUUGAUGCCAAGUCUCGAAGAAGAAACCUUAGAGUCCAAUUACCAAAAAGAAUCUAA